UAGCUAUGACCAGCCAAUCAAAAGAGACAAAAAAGAGAGACUUCCUUGGUGAGGCUUUGCCGUUAUUAGCCACAUAGAAAUUAUACAGAGUUUGCUAUUAUUUCCCUCCAGAAAUCGUUCUCUAUUUAAAUAUCCGUGAAGGAAAAAUUUGACUUGUUGGGGAGAUGGGUAGGAGCAGGAGCCGAACUCCUCCAAGACGAGAGAGAAGACGAUCUCGCUCAACUUCACGGGACCGUGAGCGAAGGCGAAGGGAUAGAGACCGCUCUCGCUCCAGAGAUCGGGACCGAGACCGCCGUAGAACUCGCUCACGCUCUCCUCACAGGAGACGUUCAAGAUCUCCUCCUAGACGCCACCGUUCUUCCUCGCACUCUCCUGUAAGACAGAAGGACAGACAUGACGAUGAGCGCAAAGAGGCGAAAGAGAAAAAUGCAAAGCCCAUUCAGAUCUCAGCGGAGGACAUGCAGGGCAAAACGGAAGAGGAAAUUGAGAUGAUGAAGCUGAUGGGAUUUUCUUCUUUUGAUACCAGCAAGGGAAGGAAAACUGAUGGUUCAGUCAAUGCAUUUGCUGUCAACGUUACAAUGAAGAGAAAAUACAGACAAUACAUGAACAGAAAAGGAGGAUUCAACAGACCACUGGACUUUAUUGCCUGAAAGUAUCAACAGUUUGUCUUUCCAGAGGAAGUUACUCCUUAUUCCCCUUACACUGGUGAAAGAUUUUCGGCCUUUUCCUGCAAGAUAGAACUUUGUUUGAUGCAACAAGUUUGUAUAUAUCUUUUUUUUGUGACUGAAAGUAUAAUGUAAAUAGCCAUAUUUGUAGUUGUUCACAUCUCAGUGUUAAAAGGAGACUGAGAUCUAUGCUGUUUAGAUGGCUGGUGAUGUUUUUAUAAACAAAUGCAUUUAGAAACAUGGUUUACAUACGGACUGUAAUUUAAGAGUAUAAUUUUCAGGCAUUGUAUGAAGAAGUGUAAAAUGGCUUGAGACUUUACAGCAUAUUUUUAGAUCACCCCUGACUCGUAUCUCCCAGGAGGUGCGGAAAUGGCGACAUUUGUCAUCUUAAUAAAUUCCUGAAUGUGGUCACAUCCGUGUUACAAUCUCUGCCACUUAAAUUUUCUUUCGUUGUUAACUCAGAGAUAAUCCUUUGGUAUGUUUUAUGUGAAUGCUUGUUUUUAUUUUCCAUUUGAUUUCCCCAGCCGCCUCAUGUAUGUUUGACCACAUGACCAAUGUGUAGUAGAGCCACAAUAAAGUCCCAGAAAUUUAA